UGUUUUAUGUGUGAAUAAAUAUAAACAAUGUCUUUCUUCGAGAAAACAAGUAGUGCUCGUAAAUUUAAGUGUUUUGUUUAAUAAUCGUAAUACAUCUACUUCACAUCAGGAAACCAUGGGAGAGAUGAGUGUGAAAUUCGGUUUGGCGCUGAAAUCGUGCAUGGAAGAAGUCAUAAAACGUUUGUGCAUGCUGAGAUCUUUUUUUCAGACUUGCUGGAAGGUCCUGCCGCACAUCAGCAACACGGGUUUCGUCGACCUCUCCUGCAAGCAGAUCGGCAGUUCUACCACUAAUGACACGACAAAAAUGUCGUCGAAAGCGAAAGAGGAACUGGUCCGAGUGGUCCAUAUGUACAAGAGUCGGGUGAGGUACUCUCUGAACGUCCCGUUCACUUUCGGCGGUUGCGAUUACUUUCUACUGUGAGAAAAAGACAAAUUGUAAAAACAAAUCAGUGACUCUCACUAUUACAAGUUUCUGAUUGUGAAAAAAACCUCGACAUACAAAAAAGAUUUUUACACAGGCGUUUCGUUAAAAAAACAUUUUUUUAUUAACUGUUUUAUUUUACAUGUCAUUUGUGUUCGACAAUUGUGCUGUUAUUUUUAAAACAAAAUAAAUAACUCAAACCCGAAGCUAGCCCUUUUUUAAAAUUACUAAUGCAUGUGCAUGAAUUUACGUUAAGCCUUACGCGUCCGCCCCACUCGGCCCUUUUCCCUAAACUUCGUGAGUCCGCCCCUCAACUCUUGACCACCUCCCCAAAAACUUCUUUUUUUUACUGUACUCCGACCAACCCUCUUCUUCAGAAUCUUGCCCUUUUGACGUGUUCCAUCUUAAUUUUCGACGGCACUUCGCUUCAUAGCUGUUUGGAUGAGUCUGGAUCGGAAAACUACUAUUUGCAAAGCUUUCCUUCUUCGGUCAACCGGCCUCGACCAGAGCGCAGGUGUAAAUAUGCAGCUGAUACUUUCUUGCUUGUUGCUACCAGUGCUUCUUUCAACAGCCAAAGCUGAUGAUGUUAUACUGCAAAAAAAGUUUUACUUCCCUGAUGAAGUAUCUGAGCCAAUUGAUCCAAAAAUCAAAAAACCUUUCUGCAACGCUUUCACAGGAUGUGGGAAGAAAAGGUCAGAUGAGUCAAUGGGUACGUUGAUUGACUUGAAUUCUGAACCAGCGGUCGAAGACCUGAGUCGGCAGAUAAUGUCUGAAGCGAAGUUGUGGGAAGCAAUCCAAGAAGCGAGGAUGGAGCUCAUGAACAGAAAGCACCAGGGAGAAAGAAUGCCACUGCGCCCAUUGCCACUCACUGGAAUCAGGAAAAGGUCUCAAUAUUACUACCAAAAAAAAUAAACAUUUAAAAAAAAACUUCGAGUAAAAAUCUGUAUUGAUAUUUCAGAAUCAUAGUAAAUAUAUUAUUUUAAUAGUUAAUUUAUACUUUCACCAUUCAUCUUACAUUUGUUUCACCCUAUUUGCAUCAUGUCACAAUGAGAUGUUUUUCAAGCAAAAUGAAAAUAAAGAAAUGACUAAAAU